UUGUCCGGCUACACUUCACUCUCUUCAACCUUCACACCUUCACUUUUGAAAAUUGAAAUUUCACCUCUGCUUCUCUAGAUCGCAACUUCCACGCUCUGCGCGAGGUCGCUUACUCACCCGGGCAGCCAGAAGCCAACUCGCACCUUGUCGUCGUUUCCGGCUCGCCGCCACUGAGCUACCGCUCAUAGGUUCCUAGCUGACGAAAGAAAUCAGGUUAAGGAGUUAAAGGAUGGGGUACAUAGGGGCACAUGGAAUAGCUGCGUUGCAUCGCUACAAGUACAGUGGAGUAGAUCACUCUUAUGUAGCUAAAUAUGUGCUGCAGCCCUUCUGGAGCCGAUGUGUCAAUUUCUUCCCUCUCUGGAUGCCGCCCAAUAUGAUUACACUCACCGGAUUUUUGUUUUUAGUCACUUCUGCAUUGCUUGGAUAUAUAUAUUCCCCAAAAUUGGAUUCUCCGCCUCCAAGAUGGGUUCAUUUUGCGCAUGGUUUGCUUCUCUUCCUUUACCAGACAUUUGAUGCCGUAGAUGGAAAACAAGCUAGAAGAACAAAUUCAUCCAGUCCAUUAGGAGAGCUUUUUGAUCAUGGAUGUGAUGCACUUGCAUGUACGUUUGAAUCAUUGGCCUUUGGUAGCACUGCUAUGUGCGGACCAGCUACCUUCUGGUUUUGGUUUAUCUCAGUUGUUCCAUUCUACUGUGCAACCUGGGAGCAUUAUUUUACCAAUACUCUAAUUCUUCCUGCUAUAAAUGGUCCUACCGAGGGUCUCAUGCUGAUAUAUCUUGCCCACUUUUUUACUGCUUUAGUUGGUGCCGAGUGGUGGGCUCAACAGUUUGGGAAGUCCUUGCCAUUUUUGAGUUGGGUUCCAUUUAUAAAUGAAAUCUCAACAACUAGAGCUGUGCUGUUUCUGAUGAUAACCUUUGGUGUUAUACCAACAGUAUCAUUCAACGUGCAAAACGUGUACAAGGUUGUCAAGGCAAGAAAGGGAAGUAUGCCUGUAGCACUGGCCAUGCUUUAUCCAUUUGCUGUGCUGGUGGGCGGAGUCCUUCUCUGGGAAUAUAUAUCUCCAUCUGGUUUAAUUAGGAAUUACCCACAUCUGUUCAUUGUGGGAACUGGGCUUGCAUUUGGGUUUCUUGUGGGAAGGAUGAUUGUAUCACACUUGUGUGAUGAACCCAAGGGUCUGAAAACUAGCAUGUGCAUGUCUUUGCUAUAUCUUCCUUUUGCCAUAGCUAAUGCGCUCACUGCCAGACUUAAUGAUGGGAUUCCUUUGAUUGAUGAAAUCUGGAUUCUUCUUGGAUUUUGUGUGUACUCAGUGUCACUAUAUAUGCACUUUGCUACAUCUGUUAUUCAUGAAAUAACAACAGCUCUUGGAAUCUACUGUUUCAGGAUAACGAGAAAGGAGGCUUGAAUCAAUUUUUAUCUUUCUGAUGCUUCCUCCUCUGUAGUGCGUAUGAUCAGGUCGUUAUUAUGUUUAACAAGCUGAACCCAUGGCCUUGCUUUCAUGCUGAAUCUGGAAUUGCCCAUUAAGGAAUCAUGGCAUGACUUUGAAGCUAGGGUGCCUUUAUUCAGUCCGUGAGUCCUAAAUGGACGCGGCUGUAAUUUUAUUUACUCCUAGUGUUGUCGGCAAAUUUAAGUAGGUGCUUAGUUCAAUUUUUGGCAGUACCCUAAUGCGAAUUAAAAAGGCUUUCUUCUACUAACGUUUUCUUCUUUACUUAAUGAUAUGCGUGAAAAUUGGAGUAUACUUGUUAAGAUUAUAUGGCAUGGUUUCCAGGCUCUAGCUCGCUAGGUACCUUAUUCGUUUGUGUUUUUUUGUUUUUGUUACCAAAAACAAGAUUAUAAAAGCUAUUAAAAAGUUAUUCUUGAAAUAAUUUAUGCCUUUGAGAGAACUUUUGAA